GGAAGCCAGCGAGCGGCACCACGGCAGGCUCUGAGCAUGCGCCUCCCGCCCGCGCACGCGCAGCGGGGCCGAGGGCAGGGGACGGGGCAGCGCCCGCGGGCCGCCGCCAUGGUGUACAUCUCCAACGGACAAGUUUUGGAUAACCAGAGUCGGGCUCCUUGGCGUUUGUCAUCUAUAACAGAUUUCUUCUGGUCGAUAGCAGAUUUUGUGGUUCUGUUUUUCCAGAGCAUUAUUCAACCAGAUUUGAGAAGAAGAGGCUACACAUCUUCCUCCUAUUCAGGAUACAAUGACGGAAGAGGGCCUCCAGCACAUCCUCGCCGUAGGAUGGGUCGAAUAAAUCACUGGGGUGGAGGCCCCAGUCCACCACCAAUGGCUGGAGGUGGAUGAGGAAGGUAAAUGCCUGCUGAAGAGGCAGGCAAAAGCAUACACAUUUGCAAGAUGAAAGGGAAGAAGAGUUUAGUGGUGGACCAAAUGAGUUUGAAUGUUGUAAAUGCGUAUGUCUAACUGGAAACUGUUCUGUGAUGUAAGCAGAUUAAUGAAGUUGUACUGGGAACUCCUUCUUCAAGGAUCCGGUGUAACUGAACAACAGUUUUAUUAAAUACAUGUUUACUGUCUAAAGUCUUUGUAUAGUUUCUGAACAUUUUACUGUAGUUGCAAAGUAAUAAGUAAAUUAUAUUUGGCUUGUCACAA